AUGAUUGCCCAGCAGGAUGAUGAGGAGACACCUCUUCCAUGGGAUCAAUUUUGGAUUCUACUGCUCUUGGAGAUGCCAGAUUUUCUUUUUUCUGGGACCCUUGCCCCGUUUAUUCCUCAACUCAUUAGAGACAUCGGAGUCACUCACGGAGAUGAAUCCCAGGUUGGUCGCUAUGUCGGCAUCCUUCAAUCAUCGUACUAUGCAGCUCAUGGCCUAACCAUUUUUCAUUGGAGCCAACUGUCUGACCACAUGGGGAGGAAGCCUGUAAUACUGACAGCUCUAUCAGCAAUUGUUAUUUCGAUGUUUUCAUUUGGGCUGUCGAAGACAUUCUUUGGUCUGGUGGUAAGUCGUGUUGUCUGUGGAGCAUUUGAUCCGAGCGAUAGUAUGAUCAAGAGCAUGCUGAUGGACAUCACUGACACAACCAAUAUGCCCAAGGCAUACAGUUAUAUGCCAAUUCCGGUGAUGAUCGCAACCACAUAG